AUGCCAUCCGCCUGGACCAAACUCCUCAACACCCUCCAAAUCAAAGCCGACUACUCCAUCAAACCAGCGGGACUGAAAUGGCGGUCCAACACCCUCUUCAUCGUCUCGACCGUCGCCAUCGGCCUCUUCACUGACCUCUUUCUCUACGGCCUGAUCGUCCCGGUCCUCCCAUAUAUGCUCCAGGACCGCGUCGGCCUCCCCAAAGACCAAGUGCAAAGCCAUGUUUCCGGCCUGUUGGCGGCUUAUGCGGCUGCCAGUGUAGUGUUCAGCCCGGCGGCGGGGAUUAUCGCGGAUAAAGUGAGCACGAGGCAGGCGCCGUUUUUGUUUGGGUUGGCCAGUUUGUUGGCCGCUACGGUGUUGUUGUUCCUGGGCAAGACGGUGCCUGUGCUUGUGGUUGCGAGGAUUUUGCAGGGGAUCAGUGCGGGUUUUGUGUGGACUAUUGGGCUUGCGUUGUGUUUGGAGACUGUUGGGCCGGAGAAUCUUGGGAAGACUAUUGGGACGAUAUUUAGCUUCAUUUCAGUUGGAAGUCUCGCCGCCCCCACGUUGGGUGGCGUGUUGUACGAAAAGACCGGCUACGAAGGCGUCUUUGGCAUUGGCGCAGCAAUUCUGAUUGUCGACUUCCUCAUGCGAAUCAUGGUCAUCGAGAAGAAGACCGCACUCAAGUACGAAGUGGAUGACCCGAGUACGGUUAGUGACCUGACUGCUGCCCAUGAACGCGAGGCUCGAGAGCGUGAAGAAUCCGAGCAAAACCAGGAUCACGAGGCUCAACAGCAAAACGGCUCAGUCCAUGGAUCUGAAGAAGAGCCACUGCUUGGUGGCAAGACUCCAGAGGAUUCUUACUAUAAGCUGCCUCAGCCAGAGAACAUGUCAGGUCUCUCGAAAGCUUUGCCCAUCCUCAGAUGCCUCGGCGACCCCAUGCUGUUGACAGCUUUGCUCGUCGCGCUCGUUCAAGCCGUUCUGCUUGGAUCUUUCGACGCCACAAUUCCGACAGUCGCUAGUGACCUCUUCGGAUUCGACUCACUGAAAUCUGGUCUGCUUUUCCUGCCUCUUGGAGUCUUCGACUUGAUACUUGGACCCGUCUUUGGCUGGUGCGUUGAUCGGUAUGGCACAAAACCAGUUGCCGUCAUUGCAUACGGCUUCCUCGUGCCCGUCCUUAUCUUGCUAAGGAUACCUCACGAAGGUGGCAAAGACCAGAUCAUCGUCUACGCUGUCCUUCUAGCACUCUGCGGAAUGGGUCUCGCGGGUAUAGGAGCUCCAUCAAUAGUCGAGGCUGGAGCAGUGGUGCAGAAAUACUACGAGGUUAAUCCAGACCUGUUUGGCGACAGUGGACCCUACGCGCAGCUCUACGGCCUGAGCAACAUGGUCUUCAGCUUUGGAUUGGCAGUGGGUCCCGAACUGGCUGGCGAGCUGAGACAGGCCAUUGGAUAUGGCAAUAUGAACAUUGUCUUGGCGGCAGUGUGUUUGUUGACGAGUGUCUUGAGCUUCGCCUUUAUUGGAGGCAAACCACGAAUCUUGAGGAGAUCGAAGAGGAAUACUUUCAUGCCUAGGAAGCGGGCUUGA